GUUGUUGAAAGUCUUGCAAUUUCCAAACAGUUAAAGGAGGUUGAUUCGGAGUUUUCCUCUCUUACUGUUAAUUUAUGAACCGCUUUUAAAAUUCCUUCACUAAUUCAAGUUACCUACAAGAGAAAUGCGAGUUUCUUAGUUUUUACAUCUGAUAGUAAGUAAACGUGAGCUCCUUUUUUCCUUGUUUAAACUUAAGAGUUUUGCACUUGUUUCCAUAUUUAUCCACGACUACCCUUCUACCUUUCUUUUGGAACGAGAACAGAUCCAAUAUGGAUGAACUGGGCUUGAUGUGAAGAACAGAAAAAAGCAGGAACACCUGUGAAGCAGUUCAUUGUGGUUACAGCUCACGUCACAGACGUUUACGGGACAUCAUGUCUGCCAAACUGGAGAGGACCGUUUGUGUUCUCCUUCCAAACAAGAAACAGUUGGAUAUUCGUGUCGGGCCAAAGUCUACAGGGCAGGAUGUCUUUAGUCGUGUAGCAGAACUUCUUGGAAUCAAAGAGCUGUACUUCUUUGGCCUCACAGUGUUGAAAGACAACGAACACAUAUUUUUAGACCUGGAAGAGAAGCUGACCAAGUACUUUCCCAAGGACUGGAGGCAGGAUUCAGGGAAGGCAUCUCUGAGGAGACCCUUUCCUCUGCUCCUCUUCCUCAAAGUGCAGUACUAUGUUGAAAAUGGAAGACUCUUUUGUGAGCGGAGGGCGCGACACUUGUACUACUCUGACUUGCGGGAGCGAGUUCUACGAUCGGAAUGUCGUCAGCAGGAGGAAGUGUAUUUCCAGCUGGCAGGUUACGCUCUGCAGGCUGACCUCGGCGAUCACUCCCUGCAGAGGGAGGGCUUGGAGGUCACCCCAUAUUUUCAUCCCAAGGACUACUUCCCCCCCUGGAUCAUAGCUAAACGUGGAGUGGAUUAUCUCCUCUGCCACGGACCCAAAGUGCACCAGGAGCUGUGUGGAAUGUCUCCUCGUGAUUCCAUCCUCAGCUUCAUCAGAGAUUCGUGUCAGCUGGAGGAUGUACCCGUCACAUUUUACAGAUUACAAAAGGACAAAAGGGAGGAGAAAGGAACAGCGUUGCUUGGUCUAACCCUGCGAGGAAUGCAGGUUUAUCAGGAGGUGAACAACACGCGACAGCUGCUGUAUGACUUCCCUUGGUCAAAUGUUGGACGUCUAACUUUCCUGGGUAAGAAAUUUGAGAUCCAACCAGAUGGCUUGCCAUCGGCCAGGAAGUUGGUUUAUUACACCGGCUCAUCGUUCCGUUCCCGCCACCUCCUGCUCCACCUGAGCAGCAGCCAUCAGCUCUACCUCAGCCUCCAGCCUGCUCUGAAACGCCUCCGUCAGCUGGAGGAGAGCAAAGAGAAGAAAAGCUAUAGAGAGUCGUACAUCAGUGACGACCUGGAUUUGGACCCACCAGGAAGCGAGAGCAGUCCCGGUCUUUCCCGGCGCUCCACCGGCAGCUCCGGCAUUGAAGCUGAUGCCCGUCAGCACGGCGUCUACGCCGAGGUGACCUCCCUGGAGGGAGAAGCUCCACAGCAAGGAGAGAAGUGUUUGAGCUCAGCCACCAGCCGCAGCAGCUCCUGCACCUCUGGUUCUCACACGGGCCCUAAGGCUCGACCGUGGAGAGAGGAAGAGACCAGCGUUAGAAGUCCAGACAGUCUUCAUGGUGGCGAUCCUAAUGAGAUGUUCCAGUUGGCCGAUCUCCUGGAGGGAGUGUCUGUGGAUUGUGCUGAACUUUCCUCAGAGACUUUAACAUUAGAUAACAAAGAACAUCCUGCAGGUGAUGAUGAAGACAUCGGGCUGCUAACGAACAAGCAGAUAUCUGAACAGGCGCAGAAAUCCACGGACCAGGUUAGCGCGGACCGGCACAGCCACAGCCUAGAUGAUGUCCGUCGUUCCCCACCUCCUGCACUUCUCGGAAUACCACCCGAUUCCUCUCACAGCUGCAGCUUUGGGCUGCCAGAUGUCACUCCUAACACGCAGAAGUCUGUAGACCUCCGUUACUACCCCCUUUUGCACUCCCAAUCCAAGCCUUUCUUCUACGGUCGCAGGGCCGACAACUGCCUCUCUCUGGACAUGUUAAAUGAUGAUCAGUUCCUGGAAUUCAUUCUCUAAUGCUGCUGCAUAAGCCUUAUACGUAACGUACAGCACAUUUAUUAUCAAAGUUGCCAACUUUCAGUUUUUGGUGUGACACUGAAAAUGCUGAGACUCAUCAGGUUUUCUCCCCAAAAUCUGGUGGCUUGGAAAACAUCAACAGAAGCAUAUUUAUUACAAUUGUACAUUUUGUACAUACCUUUUAUAAGUCUACUUUAAAACUUUUCAGAAUAAAAUGUAUUAUUUUUUUUGUAAAGUCCACAUUGUCAAAAAAUCUGAUGUGUUGCAUGAAAUUAGUUUUACGUCCAUACAAUGUCACGCUACUGGAUAUUUGGACAUUUUAAAUGUACGUAGAGUGGCACUGUGAUGGAUAUUUAUAUAUUAUGUGGUUUUAAUCAUUUUUGUAAACAAACUUGCUGUGUUUUAUUCAGAAUUUCCAAAAGCCAUGAUGUGAAUUAAUGUUCAUUUUUUAAAUCAUGUUUUAAAUAUACAGUUUUGUAUCGUGUGAUCGGUCAUGCUUUUGUUAUUUAGUCUUUGGAACCAUGGCCUCUGAUUUGGUAACGUGGGCCUUUCACUGCCGACAAUGCAUUCAUCCAAAUCCUUCCCUUAAUUACACAGACGAAGGUCUUAUUUGUGGAGCAGUUCUUUAAUCAGUCAGGAGGGUUUCUGAGUUAUGUAACACGUGAACUAAAGGCUUUUAUGGGAUGUUUUCCCCUCAUAUUUACAGCUUGUGUGUCUUUGAUCUGUACCGAUGUCAAUGUGGUCAGAGAAAGUGUAAAUACUGUUUUUUACGACAGUCUUUAACUCUUCUGUAAAAUAUAUUUUAUAAAAACUGUGAAAAUAAAUUUAUAAUGGUCCAAAUAAAACUCAUGUUCCGCACUGAUAAA